UCUAGGACAUUUUGUCUGUCAAAAAAGCAACUGUCUCGCCAAAAUAAAACUGGAAAUUGACCGCCAAUUCCCCCCUUAUCAUCGAGUGAAACGGCAGCAGCAGACAGAAAUGGCGUUAGAGCAAACAGUUUCACUUUCAUCAACUCGCUUCAGAAACCUCACCACAUUCCCUCAAAACCCUAAUUUCAUCCCCAAAUUCAAACUCCCAUUUUCCACAACACUCUCUUCCAAACCAAUCCACAGAAAUUUCAACUUGAAGUGCUCCAAUUCCAUCACCAAUAAUGGAGCAGCAUCAUACCCUAAACCCCCGGAAAUUUCAUGGAACAAGGACCUCAGCAACUCCGUCAAUUUAAUCGGCUUCGUCGCAAACCCUAUCGAAAUCAAACAUCUUCCUUCCGGGAAAGUUGUUGCUUGGACUCGUCUCUCCGUCAAGAAAAAUGCUUCGCAAAUGUCGUGGAUUCAUUUGACAUUCUGGGAUGAACUUGCACAUGUUGCUUCUCAACAUGUUCAGAAAGGUCAUCAGAUUCAUGUUUCUGGUCGGCUUGUUACUGAUACUGUUGAUUCUGUUGAUGGCAAACAACAAACUUACUAUAAGGUGGUUGCUCAGCAGCUGAAUUUCAUUGAUAGGAGUGACUCGCCGGUGCGGUCACAUGAUCAAGAUUUUGAUUUCAUUACGUCUGAUGACAAUGGCAAGAAGGCGAGUUAUGCUACAAAUGGUAUGACUGGUUCUGUGGUGGAAUUAUGGCAAGCUUUCUUUGCCAACCCAGGGGAGUGGUGGGACAAUAGGAGGAACAAGAGGAACCCCAAAGCUCCUGAUUUUAAGCACAAAGAUACUGGAGAAGCUCUGUGGAUUGAUGGUAGAUCCACUCCACCAUGGGUCAAAUCCCAACUGGAAAUAUUAGACAUGAGGAUGGGGUCUUAUACCGGUCAAAAUGGUAGGAUGCCUGUAGAUAUGGUGAGCGCAGAUGAAAUGUUGUCUUUCUAAACGCUAUGCCAAACCUUGCCCAAUGUAAUGUUCCAUUUCAACCUGGAAACUUCUUUGUGCAGUUUGCAUUUUGCCCUUAAAUUUUGGUUCUACAAAUAGGGACAUUGUUUAUAGUCUCUGGUGAUAUAUUUGUGUUAGUAGUCUAGUCUAUUUUAUCAGCCUGGUUACCAUUGUUUAGAAUUAGAUUUUUGGCUAUGUAACAGAUAUUAACAUUUUAAUGUGGAAAUGCGUACCAAGAAUGAUCCUACCUGUUCAUUGUAA